AUGUGUGUUUGUGCUGGAAAGUCUGCAGGCCCGAGUGCAGGAGGGGUUGGACGAUGGAGCAAGGUUACCGUCUCUGGACGUUGAGAGGCUCAGAGAGGAAAACAUGACACUGAAAGAAGAGCAGCAGAAACUGAAAAAGGUGAUUGAGAAGCAGCUGAGGAUGAUGGAGCAGCUCAGCUCGCAGAUCACGAGCGUGCAGCAGCAGCUAGUGGAGGAGGAGAGCAGCGGUCAGGCUCUGAGAGACGAGCUGAACUCGAAAGAUCAGCAGCUGAUGCAGUUACACACUGCUGUGAAGGAGGUGUCAGCACAGAACCAGGAGCUGAUGGAGCAGUGUGUGUGUCUGCGUGAGCGUCUACAGACCGAGUCGAGUGUGUGUGAUGUGCAACUCACUCAGCAGCUGCUCAAUGAAAUGGCGUCGUGUCUCACUGACCUGCGUUCACUCUGCAGCGUCCUCACACACACCGCGCACGGCCGGGACCCCAACCUGUCCCUGCUGCUGGGGAUCAGUGCCCCUGCGGUGUCAGAGGCAUGUGAUGAUUGGCUGAAUCCUGCAGUUCUACAGAAGAAACUCCAGGAGGCACUGCAGCUGAGGCAAGACGUGGAGGAGCUGCGGAACACCGUCUCGGACCGCUACGCCCAGGACAUGGGGGAGAACUGCACCACACAGUAAUGCAGGACCUGAACUGCACCACACCCAGAAGGACCUGAAUGAGAACUGACAGAACUUCAAGUAGAACCAGAAAUGCUUGAAGAACCUGCUAGAACCACCAUCAAGACCAGAAAACAACUGAACAAGAACGGGCAGAACCAAAGCCAGAACAUGAUUUGCCAGAACUACAUCCAGAACGACUGGCAGAACCAGAACUCCAUCCAACAGGAUAAAAAAAAACAACUGAGAACCAGCAGAACUUGUGGAACCUGAACUGAGACUGACUUCAUGACUUUUCUUCUUCUCUCUUGAAGGGCUAACAAAGCUAACAAAGUACACGACACUACUAUUUUUAUAUAAAGGACUUUAUAUUACUCGCUCUUUAGAACCCUGAGGUUCUUCGUGCGGUGGAGACGGUGGUGUUAUUUAAUGCCGGUGUUCCUGCGUGUUCAGGAACGAGUGUGAUGUGGUUGACAAUCAACUGAUGAUCUUUUAAACUUUUCCCCCUUCACUAUGGUAACGCGUCCGGUGUGACGGACCCGCUGUUAUCUGAGAUGGCAGCGUUUGUAGUUGGGGCCGAUAAAACACUCGCUGCAUUUCUUUUUGCUCGUUAAUCGCUCGUUACUCUUUAUAUCCCUGGAGCAGAGUGCAAAACGCCUGCGUCUGUGACCGCGGGGAGAGAAGCGUCAUUAACGGCUUCUUCAUGAUGCACACUGUCAGGAAGGUUGUUGAUUUUCGUGAGAACAUUCCAUGACCUUAAAACACUUUAGAGUGAUUCACUUUACUGAUUUGAUUCUUUUCGGCUAACAGUUUAAGCAAGUUGAUUUGAUUCAUCUAUUCGAUUCAGCACUCACAAACAAAUCCUGAAACAUCAAAGCUACAAAACUCUACAAGAACCCGAGUUCACAACCUAAAAAAAAAAAUAUAUAUAUAUAUAUAUAUAUAUAUAUAUAUAUAUAUAUAUAUAUAUGAAUGAUUUAAGUUGAUGUGUGGUGUUUUGAUUCAGUCAUUGAUUCAUGAGUCAGUCAUGCUUAGGAACCGAUUCACUCAACUUGUUUAAAGGAGUCAUUUAGAAUCGCUUAAAAGAAUCAUUUUAAAGAAUCACUGGACAUUCAUAAGAAAUCAAGUAAACACGUGUUUCAGUUCAAUUAUUUUUUUUUCCCUUCAUAUUUACUAAUUAUUUGUUUACGAAACAAGAAGCAAAUUUAAAUACUGAUUUUUUUUUUAAUAACAUAUUUCAAAACCUGUAAGCAAGUGCAAAUUUAAAAAAAAAAUAGUAAGAAGCAGCUGAUUGGAUGUGAUGGUUAUUUUAUUUAUUCAGUAAUUCUUGUCAAAGUAACAAUUUGUGUGAAACUUGAACAUGCGCACCGUUUCUCUUUAUCUCUGAUAUCGCUACGAUCAACUCCGUCAUGUUUGCGUAGCCUCCAGUUUAGCGUAAGCGCAGUGCUAACAGUCUGUGUGUGUUUAAAUUAGCACACGUUUGUGUCAAAGUAGUGUGUUUGGACCUGUGAGAUUGAUAUUUAGGUUGAACUGUUUCCUUUCACGUAGACAGCAACACUUAAAAAGCUGCAACAUGCAUCAUGUUAUGAAAAUGUCUUUAAGCAUCGUGUUGGUUAUUUUCCGUAUUACAGACGCGAUGGUUGAUGCGUCUCACAGCGUGAAAGUGGAGUCUGUUCAGCAUCACUAAUUGUUUUUUUUUUUUUUUUUUUAAUCUGAUUUCUUCCUGUUCUUUCUUUGUUCACAGAGAGAUAAAGGGCUUUAGAUUAAUAUUUCAGAGUCUCCUGUUUUGCUCUGGAGAAACAUCUGAGUUCACUACUCUGUAAGCUUUUAUUUCAUCGGCCAGUGACCCUCAGCCUGACACUAAAAUAUUUGUGUGUGUGUGUGUGUGAGAGAGUGUGGUUUUCAUGACUUUUGAGAAAUAAAGUUUUUUUCUCUCCGA